UGCUUCUACCCGCAACCCAAUCUUUUCUCACACAAAACAUAACGCGAGAAAAGAAAAACAAAUCUUCAGCGAGCGAUUUUUUUCUUCUUCUUCUUCUUCUGGGUCUCUUGGUGGUGACGACGAUCGGAGAGCGUUCACGGAUUCAAGGGUUAAAUUUAUUCUGCUAAAUUAAUCGAAUCGAAGCGUAAGGAAUUGGGGGGAAGAGGGAUUUCUGCUGUGAUUAUUCAACUCGAAAAAGGGGUUUUUGAGAUUUGGGUUGUUUUGAUUGGAUUCUGGUUAUGGGUUUAGGCAACAAGGUUAACAAAUUCAAUUUCGGUGAUAAUGAUCUCGCCGACGAGGGUAGUGGCGCCGAUGGCGAUUCUCGCGACGAGGGAGAUGGGUUUGGCUCGGUUGCGUGUUCGAUUUGUCUCGAGACGGUGGCUAAAGACGGCGAUCGAGCUUGGGCUAACCUUCAAUGCGGCCACCAGUUCCAUCUUGAUUGUAUUGGUUCAGCUUUCAAUGCAAAGGGCGUGAUGCAAUGCCCGAACUGCCGCAAAGUAGAAAAAGGCCAGUGGCUUUACGCAAACGGUUGCCGUUCAUACCCUGAAUUUAAUGUCGAGGAUUGGGUUCAUGACGAAGAUAUUUAUGAUAUCGGAGGAUACUCUGAAAUGUCUUUUGGAGUUCACUGGUGCCCAUUUGGAAGCACAGCGCGUCUUCCUUCUUUCGAGGAUGGAGAGUUUUCGCCGAGUUCAUAUCACGAUCUCUUGGGCCAGCAAGGUUACUUCACAGAACCAGCAGCGCCAACAGCAGGUCACCCAUGUCCAUAUGUAACCUACUUUGGUCCUGUUCAUUCGUCCUCCUCAAGCACUGGCGGUGCUGCAGGCGUUUCAGACAGUUCAAGUUUCAGUAGUCACUGGAACACUGGCUCAUCGGUGUCCAGUGAAGUCCCAACUCCUUAUGGUUUCCCUGUGGACGCACACUAUCACGGUUGGGAUUAUCACUCGCCUCCACCACCACCGCCACAGCACUUCUCUGCUUCUGGCGCUCACGUGGGCAGUCCAACUCAGCCCACGCCUCCACCAGCUGCUGCGAGGACUUCCCGAGCCAAUGGCUCAGAUGUAAUCAGACCCAGACCGCCGCAUUUCAUGCGUCCAUUUCAUGGUCACAGUUCCAGUGGUAGAGCGGGGAGCUCGGUGGCAUCUGUACCGAGGACACCGCCUUUUCCGGGAAGCAACGCUCGGACCAGAGACAGAAUGCAAGCUCUUCAAGCCUAUUACCAACAGUCUUCUGCACAGUCACACCAACCCGAUUCGCCGAUAGUCUCUCGUGGGCCUGUAUUCUCUUCUGGCCGGAGGCCUGGUAGAGGACUAGCUUCUGGCAUGGGAUCAACCUCAUCUUCUUCUUCGGAGCAGCCUGGCGGGAGCGGGUUUAUCCGGUUUAACAUAUGGGAGAGAGAUCCUUACAUGCAAUCGCAACAAGCCUACCCGGUUAACCAGAUGGACAGAGAACCAUCCAUUUGGGCUUCUUCCUUCAAUGAAGGUUCUGGAAGCUUCCAUCAGAGGCAUGGCGCCGGAGGAUCUUCGUAAGAGUUGAGAGUCAGUAGCCGGCGUGAUUCUCACCGGUCAGGCCCAGAGCCUAAUGAUACAUUUUGGGGUCAAGUGACACCCCUUAUUACAUUUUUAAUAUUUUACAUUUUUAAUAUUUAUGUUUAAACAUUUUGGAAAAUAUCGAAAUGGUAGUAUAAAGAUUUAUCUCACAAAGACUAAAUUUUAAACCCCUAAGCUGCAAUGGUGGUGGAUGCUUGCUUGUUCUGUUUGCUGCUAGUGAGACUUUUUGUAGACAUUUUUAGCCAGAAUUUUUAUGUAUUGAUGAUAAA